AUGGUGCUGAAAGAAGAGACUCAUCAAUGGAAUGAAAUGGAAGAGAAACACCAAGAGAUAACGACUGCUGAAAAACCCACACUGACUAAAAAGACUUCAUCAUGCGGAAGACCUCGGAAAUCCAAAUCCAGGUGUAAUUUCAGCUGUAAACAGUGUGGAAGGAGUUUCAGUCAAAAGCCAAGCCUUGAUGUUCACAUGAGAGUUCACACUGGGGAGAAACCUUACAGCUGCGAACAGUGUGGAAAGAGUUUUGGUCAAAUACAAGGCUUUAAAGCCCACAUGAGAAUUCACACUGGAGAGAGGCCGUACACAUGCCAACAAUGUGGAAAAAGCUUCUAUCAUGCAGGAAACUUGGCAGUGCACAUGAGAAUUCACACUGGGGAGAAGCCUUAUUCUUGCCCUCAGUGUGGAAAGAGUUAUAAGCAAAAUUGCACCCUUGAAGUCCACAUGAGGAUUCACACUGGAGAAAAACCUUACACAUGCACAGAGUGUGGUAAAAGUUUCCCAUAUAAAAACACACUCAAACACCACAUGAUAAGUCACACCGGAGAGAAGCCGUUUGCAUGUGCUCAGUGUGGAAAGAGCUUCACAACCAAAGCUAGCCUCAAGAACCACAUGGAUGGUCACACUGGAACCAUAGUGUUUACAUGUGAUCAGUGUGGAAAGAGUCUCACACGCAAAGACUCCUUUAACAAACACAUGAAGACUCACUCAGAUGAGGAUCGUUUUAGAUGCAGUGAGUGUGGAAAGGGCUUUAACCGUAAAAGAAGCCUCAGCGCUCACAUGAAGCUUCAUAAUGGAGAGCAGAGUCCUCAUAAAUGA